AUGGCGACGUCCGUCAGGAGGACGCUGGUGGCCCUUCACAGAGGGGCAUGUCACCGUCUGAAGAAUGCAGAAACCUCUCUGGAACAUCCCCUCCCACUUUAUUUGCCCGCCCGGACCAAGAAGAGGUACUUCAUCCCUCCGGCGGCGGGAUUGAAGGGGAAAAGGGAGCAGAACCCAGAGACCAAGGCGAGAGCGGCAGGCAUCGUCUUCAGACAGCAGUACCUCGAGCGGCCCAUUAACAUCGCCUGCACAGCUGGAGUCUUCGACCCGUACAUCCCUCCGGAAGGUGACGCCCGUCUUUCUGCUCUGUCCAAAGAAGGCCUGAAGCAGCGAACUGAGCAGAUCCGACAGAGCGCCGCCUCACAGCUAGCGAUUCGUAAAAUCAAAGAGCAUGAUUCGCAGUUCUCCACGAAGGGCUUUGCAGAGAGAGCUCAAGAAAUCUUUAUUGAGGCUCACGGUGCUCUGACACAGUUCAACAAGGAGAAGCUCCACUCUCUAGUUACAGAAAGGUGCUAUCCUGAAAUGACCAGGGGAAACCGCUACAAGACCAUCCGCUGGACGUUUGUGGAGUCCCUGGAAGUGCCCAGAGUGGUCCACGCCCGCUGCCCAGACAUGGUGACCAAAGGCAACUUGUACGGGCAGGUGACGGUCCGCAUGCACUCCAAGCAGACUCUGGCCAUCUAUGACCGCUUCGGGCGGCUGAUGCUGGGCAGCGAGGAGCAGCCGAAGGAUGUCCUGGAGUACCUGGUCCUCGAGCGGCACCUCAUCAACCCCUACGGCAUGUGGAGGCUACACGGGAAGAUUGUGCCAUCCUGGGCCCCCGCAAAGGACCCGAUCGUAAAGACCCUGUGCAUUCCUGGUCCGGAGCUGAAGCCGUGGCAGGAAUUUGACCCCCUCAGCCACGAAAUUCCCAAACCGGCCGCAGUGCAGUGGUAUAAAUAG